UAUUAACGUAAUUCAUCCCUCUUUCCGAUCUCGCGUGUGCUAUUCAUCUUCUCCCUGUUCCUUGCAACCUGGCUAUCUUGUCUUGGAACGAAACCUUUACACACACAAAACUCAGUGGGAAUCUGUGUUUUCAUAGGAUUUAUCACCCAAAAACCUCGAUUAUUCAGAGCUUGUUGACAAAAUUUGCACACUCAUCCUUGUAAUCGUCGAACCAUCUGUUCAUUGAACACAUAAUCUUUCUCUCUCACACACAAACACCUUCACUGUGUGUUUUAUAUCAUCUAAACCCUAUGGUGUUACUCUAGACAUGGCCAUGAACUUGAAGAAACUUGUUCCAAUCUCGGAUCAGUUCCCGUACUUUACAUUUCCAAGAAAGAAGGUAGUUUCUAGAUUUGGUUUAGGAGUUGUGUCAUUCUCCAUUGUUAUCUGUGUUUUGUUCUUUAAUGUUUCUUUCAAGAAUCCCAUUUCAAACAACUUUGUUUUUCAAGGGUUUAAUGCUAAUAAUAAAACCUCUUUGAUUCCUUGGUCCUUUUCUUUUAGUAGAACCCCUGCUCUCAAUGCCACUGUUUCUUUGGAAAAUAACCCUGGAAAAUUAAUCAUUGAUUCGGGAGAUGCCCUUUCUAGUAAUUUCACUCGGGAUACUAAAAACGAAAGCGCUGGAAAAGUUUUUGAUUUGAAGGGCACCCAAUUGGAUUUGAAAAAUGGAAGUUUCAAUGGAAAUCCUGAAAACAAUUUUGAGUUGGAGGGUACCCAUUUUAAUAAUUUCACGAAUGUUGUGAAGAAUGGAAGCUCGGAAAAAGUUCUUGAUUUGAAGGGCAUCCAAUCUGGGAAUUUCACAGAGGGUGUGAAAAAUGGAAGCCUUGAUGGAAACCCGGAGAAAAAGUUUGAUUUUGAGGGUACCCUUUCUAGUAAUUUCACAAAAGAUGCGAAAAAUGGAAGCUCUGAUGCAGUUUCUGUGAAACCCUUUGAGGGGAAGGUCUCAAUAGGUGGAAAAUGUGAUAUUUUUAAUGGAAGAUGGGUGAGAGAUGAUACAAAGCCUUUAUAUCCAGCGGGUUCUUGCCCUUUUAUCGAUCGAGAUUUUGAUUGUCAUCUUAAUAAGAGGCCAGAUGAUGAAUACGUGAAAUGGAAAUGGCAGCCAUUUGAGUGUGAAAUCCCCAGUUUGAAUGCAACCGAUUUUCUCGAAAGGCUCAAAGGCAAGAAGCUGGUUUUUGUAGGGGACUCCUUAAACCGAAACAUGUGGGAGUCUUUAGUUUGCAUACUCCGAGAGUCUUUCAUGGACAAAAAUAGGGUUUAUGAAAUAUCAGGAAAGACCGAAUUCAAGAAGAAGGGAUUUUAUGCUUUCAGAUUCGAGGACUACAACUGUACAAUCGAUUUUGUGAGUUCACCAUUUCUUGUCCAAGAAUCGUCUUUUAAUGGUAAAAAUGGUUCGAUUGAGACACUAAGAUUGGAUUUGAUGGACAAAACAACUUCAAUGUAUCAUGAUGCUGACGUUUUGGUCUUCAACACUGGACAUUGGUGGACCCACGAGAAAACCUCUCAAGGGGAAGAUUAUUAUCAAGAAGGAGACUAUAUCUACCCGAGGCUAAAGGUUCUUGAUGCAUACCGUAGGGCACUUGCUACAUGGGCCCGAUGGGUUGAUACAAACAUUGACAGCAAUAAAACGCAAGUUAUCUUCAGGGGAUACUCGGUCACUCAUUUUAAAGGAGGGCAAUGGAAUUCGGGAGGGAAAUGUCACAAAGAAACCGAACCAAUCUUCAAUACAAGUCACCUAACUAAGUACCCUUCAAAAAUGAGGGCUUUUGACAAUGUGCUCAAAGAGAUGAAAACUCCAAUUGUGUAUCUCAACAUCAGCAGACUUACUGAUUACAGAAAAGAUGGUCAUCCCUCAAUUUACAGGAUGUCAUAUAACUCCAUUGAAGAACAAAUUGCUGCAGAACAUUCCCAAGAUUGCAGCCAUUGGUGUUUGCCUGGUGUGCCAGACACUUGGAAUGAGUUGCUCUAUGCAUCUUUAUUGAAGGCUGGAAGAGGAUCUUGGAAGUUUUGAUGCAAACAUCAAGUAACAAUUAUAAUAUGGUUUGACUUUUCAUGGGGUCGAAGUAAUAUGUUGAUCUGACCAUUUGUGAGUGUUGGAGUUGUUGACACUUGUUAUAUGAG